AAUUUAGUUCAGGAACUUGUUCCAGUAAAGUUCACGAUUUCGUCACAUUUCCAUCGGCGGAAAAAAACGAAAAAAAGAUUCCCACGAAGGUGGAGGAAAGAAGGUGCUAGAAGAAAAGAGCGGCAGGGGAAUGGCUUCCCUGAGUUCGCCGGCAGCAGCUUCUCUUGUUCUUCCCUUUGGCGCCGCGGCUGCGAUCUCCUCGUCUCCUUUUUCCUCCAGACUCUGGCUGCCGCUGACCACAUGGGAACUCCAACUUCAAUGGCGGAUCCCUCGGACCCUAAGGAAGAGACUGAAGGAGUACUAUCUGAGCUACUGACGGAGUUCAUGGUUGAUAUGAAGUGCGAUAGUUGUGUUUCAGCUGUUAAAAACAAAUUGCAAACAGUAGAUGGUGUCAGAAUAGUUGAUGCCGACAUGACUAAUCAACUUGUGAGAGUUCUCGGUUCUGCUUCUUUGAGGACUCUGACAGAUGCUCUAGACCAAACAGGUCGUAAGGCUCGUCUGAUUGGCCAAGGGAAUCCCGAAGAUUUCUUAGUUUCAGCUGCUGUGGCUGAGUUUAAAGGCCCUGUCGUUCACGGCGUCGUUCGAUUUGCGCAAGUAAAUAUGGAAUUGGCAAGAAUAGAGGCCAGUUUCAGCGGCUUGUCACCGGGUAUACAUAGAUGGUCCAUAAAUGAAUACGGAGAUCUGACAGAAGGAGCAGCCAGCACGGGGAGGAUGUUCAAUCCUUCAAAUGGGGGCAUUUCCGGAGAGGCUGUGGGUGACCUGGGAACACUGAACGUCAGCAGGGAGGGAGAAGCAUUCUUCUCGGGCACAAAGAAGAUGCUCCGAGUUGUUGAUCUAAUCGGUCGAUCUGUCGUGGUAUAUGAAAGUGAGGAUAAAUCCAGCUCCGGGGUAGCUGCUGCAGUCAUAGCAAGAAGUGCAGGUGUUGGGGAAAACUACAAAAAGAUAUGCACUUGCGAUGGCACUGUCAUCUGGGAAUCAAGAAACAAUGAUUUCUCUUCCAGCUAAUGCUGAUUAAUUCCUAUUUGUAACCUCACUCGUCAAAGCAGCAUAAUGCUGAGGAACCAGUUGCGAGACAGACAAUUUGUGUUAUAAUCCCCACUUUAGUUGGCAUUGCUCGAAGUUCAUGAA